AUGACGCAUUUACUCGAAGCAAAUUUCAAGAAGAUGUGCGCACUCUACAAACAACACGAGUCCACGGUUGAAGAUUUGCACCGUGCUCUGGUAACGGAACAUGUUAUGGACUUUCAAAAAGAAUUUGAUUUGGACUUUAUACAGGUUGAGCGGGUUAGGCAGUACUGCGAGGAUAAAGCAACACUCUUUCGCUUCCUCCGAAGAUCAUCCUUCGAUUUCGACUCUGCCUUAACCUCAUUAGUUGCCAACAUUCGCUGGCGCAUUGAAAACAAUAUCGAUAGUUUCAUGCUUACCGAUGUUCACCCAUACUACCUGCGGAAUGGGCUCUUUUUUUUGCACGACAAAACGGAUAGAUUUGGGCGACCGUACGCUGUGGUGAACUUGCGAGAAUUCACAAAACCAUCACAAUCUGCACAAAAUACCGACGAGGAAGAAUAUGACUCAUCCUUUCCACCGACAGUUGAAGAGUCGAAACGUUACAUUAUGUUUUGCGCAGAGGUCGCGAGGAAGCUGAUGUGGGAUAUGACGAAACAAGCAAAAGAGUUUCCCGUGCUGCAGUAUUCUGUGUUGUUGGAUUUGAAGGGAGCUGGUGUUAGCAGUUUGGACAUUGAAUUAGGUCAUUUCAUGAUGGAUCUUGCACGAUAUCACUAUCCUAGCUCCAUUGCUGUCACAUACGUUCUGAAUUACGGAUGGAUGUACUCGGGCGUGUGGCAAAUCGUCAAACGUAUACUACCUGAAGAAUCGUUAGGUCGUAUCAUUUUCUUGAGCAAACAACAGGAAAUAUUUCAAUAUAUUGAUAGAGAGAACGUGCUAAUGGAACAUGGUGGAGACGACGAAUUCGAGUACGACCUUGACACAUGCCACACAUUUCAGAAAUACGCACGACCACAACCAAUAUUGAAAAUGCCUGCACCAUUCAGUCGAGCACCUUCAGUCGAAUCGUUACAUGAGAUGUUUUAUUCGGCACCUUCGACGCCAUAUCAAAGUAGACCUGGCACACCACGAUUCAAUAGUCGAACAGCAUCGUUCGUUAGUCGAUCAGCUUCACCGCCACUAUCAGCUUCACACAUACAUCCUACAUCUCCUAUUCUAUCAGCAUUAAAAUUCACUUCAAUAAUCGAGGACAACACCUCAUCUUCCUCCUAUUCCACAUCAGAUGAUCAAUCCUCUCAGGACUCCUCUCCAAAUGAUAUCGAUGACCAAGAUAUUGACAAUUUAAUACAAGAUCACCUUCAAGUUACGGGACACGAAAACAUCAACAAUAAAGAAAUUGACAACAAUGGUAACAUCAAAGAUGACCGAAAAAUCGUUCCAUGGUCCUCAUCCUCACCAUAUCACAAUUUAUUACGACUAAGACAAACAUUCAAACACUAUUUCGCCAAAAUGUUACGAAAGUUUCUUAAACGACGAGCAUCUAAAGCCGUAUACUGGCUGGUGAUAAUGGUGGUGUUACGCGGGGGUUUAAUUAAUGAGGUUUUGAAAUUGAUUACACAGCAGACGAUAAUGCAACUUGGGUGGCAUGCUAGCACGACGACUAUGCUUACCACCGCGGCGUUAUCGACUGCGUUAAAUGGUAGAUCCUCGGUGGGAAAUCGAGCACUGGCUGGUUAG